AGGAAAACAAUGUUCAAUUUCCUAGCAUCUUCACUACUAGGGACAGCGCAUUUUCCUCUCCAAAGUCUCAAAGUCUACGAAACUGCCCAACUUCAACCCGGAACUGAAGAAAAAGGCAGAGGAAAAAGACUGACUUUAUAUCGCUGUACAAUUUCCUCAUGCCCAUGGAUGUUAUUAUUAUCUCUAGUCUUCCUGUUAGCUAGCCAAAGAUCAAACCAUAGCAAACAAGAUGAACCAAUUAUUCAGCAGUGGCUCAGAAGUAGCAAGUUUCGUGGUGAGCUCUGGGCUGCUCAAACUUUCAUGGGCUAAAAACUUGGAUUGUUAUGGAGGAGUGAAUUUAAAUGAGCAGCAUACUUUGGGUUUCCCUUUGAGAUAUAAAGCUUAUCAAGAAGCUAAAUUUAACAUCAUUGCUUUUGUCACUUCUCCUAUUUGCACCAAAUCCCACCUUCAAGAAGCAGAGUUGGUUUCAUCUACAGCUCUUAGGGAGACUUUUCCUUUGGCUGAAUUCUUACGCAGUAACGGUAACUCCUCUAUUCACAAAGAAGCAAUUAUGCUUUUUGGUGGUCACAUGAAUGAGCUCUUGCAACUGAAAAAUCAGUAUCGUAGCAGUUCCAAACCCUUAAUUGUAACUGGACAUUCUUUAGGAGGAUCUGUUGCCUCUCUCUUCACCUUAUGGCUGCUAGAGAGCCUCGAUGUGUCGGCUGCAAAACGCCCACUCUGCCUCACUUUUGGUUCACCCCUUGUUGGCGACAAAGGCUUUCAACAAUCCAUUUCAGAACAUCCGGCAUGGACUUCUUGUUUCCUCCAUGUUGUCACGGGCAAAGACUCUAUCCCAAGACUCUUCAUUCCUCCCCAUAAUCUUCACACCAUGGGCUUAACUUCACAACCCGAUUUCUACAGGCCUUUUGGUACAUUUCUUUUGUGUUUUAAUAUGGGAUGUAUAUGUUCUGAUAACCCCGAAGCAAUUUCAGAACUGCUGGUAGCAAUGGGAAUGGGAGGUACCAGGAAUGAGGAACAACUGGUUGUUGAUUAUGGGAAGAUUGUUGAACAACUGGAGUCCUGGAUAAUCUUCAAAGGAAUCUCGCAGCUUAGCGAAUUUAUGCCAAAUUCACUUCGGGCAGGGACAAUCUUACUGUUGGAAGCAAUUGGACUCCAGAAAAGACAGCAGCAGCAGCAGCAAAACAAUGACUUUGACAAACUCAUUGAGAAAUUGGAGAAGCUGGAAGAGAGUUGUAUGUUAAACAAGAGGAAGGUUUUUGACCCUGCCAAGAAACUAAAUGACAUAAAAAUCAAAAUGGCCUUUCUGGAAUGGUAUAAGAAGGUUUCCAAGGCAGAAGAAAUAGGUUACUAUGAUUGUUAUAAGAACCAGUUCUCUAAAAGGGACAGAGACAUUGUCAAGCUCAAGAAAUUUCUUACAAACUACUGGAAAGAAAUUGUUGCCCAAGCUGAGAAAAAACCUCACAAAGAUGGGGUUUACUUCCGAACCCGGUGGCUGUAUGCUGGUACAAACUAUAGAAGAAUGAUUGAGCCACUUGAUAUAGCUGACUACUACAAGGCUGGCCAAAAGAACUAUAUAAAUAAUGGCAGAUCAGAUCAUUAUAAAAAGAUGGAGCAGUGGCUGGAGGAAGCUGAAAAACAAAGCGGCUUCUCUAUCAACUCGAAGAAACAAAAUGUGGAUGUUAUUCUAACAUAUGAUUCUUGCUUUUGGGCACGCGUGGAAGAGGCUCGAAUAUGGUGCAAGACACUAGAAAAUGCAGAUGCUACUAUAACCGACAGAGGGUCAUCAAGACAGAACCUAAUGAAGUUUGAGCUGUAUGUUAUGGAACAAAUCAAAAAGUCUGCAGUAUCUUCAGAAAUUUUCCUGAAAGACAGCAGCUUUAUGCAAUGGUGGAAAGAGUAUGAGAAGAUUAUAGAACCUUACCACAAUUUACCAUUGACUGACUUCAUGAAAAAUUGUAAAUACCACCAGUAUGGAAGCGAGUGCUUGGUACUCAGCCUAAAAAUAUAGAUAUUACAACUUGGUCUCUACUUCAAGCCUUGGGAGAUCAAGCUAGGGAAUGGAAAAAGGUUAUCCCCUUUGUUGUGUAGUCAUAGAUUUAGUGAACCUCCUCUGCAUGAACAAAAAAAAAAAAUCUUAUAGAUCAGACACAACACCUAAACCUAAGUCCAUCCACUUUGUCAUCAAUUAUUAUGUAAUUCCACAGGGGAUCGCCAUGAAUAAAAUAGAAAUUACUAGUGUUGCUUGCCUGAAGCAAGUUCAGUGUAAUGUUACACUGGACAUCUUGUUGAAUGACCUUGCCAAAAUGCAUCUUCUCCUAUAAGAAAUCUUAAGUAGUCAAA